ACCGUUUAAGUAUGAAACAAUAUUUGAAUCAGUUGAAUAAAAAAAUCAAUGAAAUAGUUAAACAAAGUAGAAAAGAAAUGUCGGAAAAUAAAAGAAACAAGUAUAGUUCUAUAAUAAUUUUAGAUGUCCAUCAUAGGGACAUUAUUGAAUCAUUUAUUAUAAACAAUGUGACCUUUGCAAAAUCAUUUGAAUGGGAAAGUGUAAUUAAAACAUAUUGGAUAAAAAGCAAGGACAAUUUAUACAUAUCACAGUGUUCAGGUUUUUUUGAUUAUGGAUAUGAAUUUAUGGGUUUAACCAAGAACAUUGUUAUAACCCCAUUAACUAAUCGUAUAUUCUUAACGUUCACACAAGCAUUAAUGAUGUGCUUAGGUGGUGCAACUCAUGGUCCUACUGGAACUGGUAAAACUGAAACUACUAUGGCUAUGGCAAAAAUGUUUGGCAAUAUAUGUAAAAUUAUCAACUGUAGUGAUGGGUUGGACCAUCAGACAUUUAGUCAUUUCUUAAAUGGAAUUUGCCAAAGUCGAAUUUGGGGAUUGUUUACUAAGUUCAGUAGAAUUUCUCAAAAAACAUUGUCUGUUAUAUCAACUUUACUAUUUUCCAUGAAAUGGGCACUAUUUGGGAACAAAAACGAAAAUAAUUUUCAUGAAUACGAUAUAAGUAUUAAUCCGAAAAUUGGUAUAUUCAUUACCAUGAAUAUUGAAGAAAUUAGUGUACAAAAAAAAGAGAUUGAUGAAAUAAUAAAAAGUCAUUUUAGACCAGUGAUUUGUCUUCUUCCAGAUUUUGAACAGAUAUGCUUCACUAUUUUAUAUUCUGAAGGAUUCUUGGAAGCUAAAGUGAGGUUUUAGAAGCUAUCUUUUCUUGAAUUUAAGAUGUAUGUAUAAAAAUCAAGAUCCUUAUUAAUUAUUUUUUUUAUUAGAUUUUAUCAAAGAAA